AUGCCUUCGCACCAAUCUACAAACGCGGCAUGCGCUGACAUGGACACGUCUCGAUUCGUGUCUGGUCUCACACCGCCUCUCGUCGACUCGAUCGAUGCACUCAAGAUCAGCAACUUUGUCCCCACUCGAAGUGGCCACCCUCCUCCUGGCUCGGUCCCGGAAUCCAUCCUGCCAGAGGGUGUCAAAAAACCGGCUUUGUUCCAAACGUUGACAUUGCCCUUUGCUGCACCGGAACAGGCGGGUAAGAUGACCUUCAAGAACCGCAUCAUUGUCUCUCCCAUGUGCCAGUACUCUGCGAACAAUGGUCUUCCUACUCCGUACCACAUUGCGCAUUUGGGAUCGUUUGCCCUGCACGGUGUGGGAAACGUCAUGGUCGAAGCAUCUGGUGUUGAGCCAGAGGGGAGGAUCACGCCUCAGGACCUGGGUAUUUGGUCGGAACAGCAUCGGGAUGCACACAAGGCGCUGGUGUCGGUGCUCAAGUCCUUCACGGAUGGUCUGGGUGUAGGGCUGCAACUGGCGCAUGCGGGAAGGAAGGCCUCGGACUGGUCACCUUUCUACCGCGGAGAAAAGAAGCAAAAGUUUGUGACGCAGGAGGAAGGUGGCUGGCCGGAUCGUGUCGUCGCUCCUUCGGCCAUCGCAUAUGCGCAAGGUCACGUUACCCCUCGAGCUCUCACGACCGAGGACAUCAACAAGUUGCAAGACAAAUUCGUUCAGUCGGCACGAUGGGCGUUUGAAGCUGGGUAUGACUACGUCGAACUUCACAGCGCUCACGGAUACCUGAUGCACUCGUUCCUCAGCCCGUUGACCAAUCAGCGUACCGACGAGUACGGCGGUAGCCUGGAGAACCGCGCUCGAUUUCUGCUCAACGUUGCCCGUCGAAUCCGCCAAGAAUUCCCCAACAAGGGUCUCUGGGUGCGCGUCAGCUCCACCGACUGGGCCGACCAAGCGCACCAAGCCGACUCUUGGACCGUUGACCAGACGGUUGAACUCGCCAAGAUGCUCCAAGAGGCUCGAGUCGACCUGCUAGACGUCAGCUCCGGCGGCCUGGUUCCAUUCCAAAAAAUCACCGUGGGAGCCGGAUACCAGCUAUUCGGAGCAAAAGCCGUUCGCGAUGCUCUGGCCAAAAUCGAACCCGACGCGUCCAAACGCAUGCUCGUCGGGGCCGUGGGAAUGAUGGAAGGUUCCUACGAUUCGCCCAACGGCCAAGACCGCAGCCAGAUUGGCAAGUUGGCCGAGCAGUCGAUUCAGAGCGGAGAGUGUGAUGCGGUACUGUUGGCACGUGGAUUGAUGUCCUACCCAAGCUGGACCGAGGAUGCUAGUGUAGCGCUGAUGGGUACCAGGGCAGCUGGCAACCCGCAGUACCAUCGCGUUCACGUGGCUAAGAAGUGA